AGGAGCUUGAGAAUGUGCCGUUUAUAUGAAAUCGCACUGGUGAAAGGAGAUUACCGAGACAAAGGAACUGGUGAGGUUGCAGCAGAACCUCCAGGUGAAAACCUACAAAGAAGAACCAAACACACUGAGGUUCCAAGACUGUGCUCUGCAGGAAAUUGUGAGCAGUGAUCUUCAAAGCUACCAGCAGAAGGCGCAACAUCAGCAGGACCUCUCUGUGUCUGGGCAAUCACAAGGGGAGAUUGAGCAGGAGCUGGAGAUCAGAAUGGAUGCUGUGAACAACAUGGCAAGAGGAAAUUCUGAACGUAGAACAGAAUGCAACAAAAUUCUUCCAAAUGGACACACACACAUUAACGGAGAGACCAACAGAAGCGCUGAGCUCAGUACACCAACCAAGAAGGUUUCUGUGAAAGUAGACUUGCAACUUUCAGGCCACAUCAAAGAUCUCAUUCAGAAGUUCUCCAGUGGUGAGAGUGGCCAACACUGUUCAGCUGGAUCUUCUAGCAGGUCGUUGAUAGCUGGUGCUAGCAGCAGGAAUUCCACAGAGAAAAUUUCACAGUCUGAGGUAAUGGAGGGUAAGGGAACACCAGAAAGAAUCAUCUCUGUUCUGAGUAGAAGUGACAGUGGCAAACCAAAUGAGGAGGGCAGUUUACCCACUAUCACAGUAACAUCUCCAUCAGAGGACCCAUUUUCCAACUCAAGAGACAUCCAAGAAAGUGACUCGCAAUGCAGUGAAAUAUCAACAGAUGCUACCUCUGAGAGGAUCAUUUCUCAACUUGGCAAUAACUUAGGCAAUGGAUCAGUGGAGGAGACAGUUGUGGAAUCUGAUUUUGUUCUAGAAAUCCCUCCUUCAGGGGAGGAGCUGCUAAGUUUUCAAGCAAAACUAAGCCCAAACUAUCAGCUGUCUCUCAGCUCCGACAUGCUUGGGAAUGAUUCCAGGGAUCCAGACAGAAAACUAGGGGAAGAUAGCACCAGUGUGUGCUCAGAGGGCCACAGCUCCAAACACUGGCCAAGUCACCACAGCUCCCUGGAGUCCCUGACAUCACAGGAUUGGGACACCAUAUCAGAGAGGAUGGCUGUCACAGAAAGCCCAUCGAGAGUGUUCAGAAGCCCGUAUAAAUCUCUUUCCACUGAGACCUACCCGGUUUACAGGAUGUCUGAGAGCAAGCAGGGGCUGGUGUCACCGGCCACAUCUGAUUUUGGCAUCUUCAGCCUCAACAGCAGAAGCACCAGCCUGGUGCCUUCACCCACCCUCUCCAUCUCCAGGGGGGGCUACACUGUGUAUAGGACCCUGACCAAGAAGCAUGAGGUUAUUCCCAAUGGCUUUCUCCUGAAAUCAGGUGUUCACAGCAAAUGCAACUACAUUGCAGAGCUCACAGGGCAGCUGGAUGAGAGCCAGAGGAGAAACAGGUUCCUGGAGGCAGAGAGGGUCCAGAUGGACAAGGAAAGGAACCAGAUCCGCUUUGAGAUGAGAGGCCUGCUCGUGCAGAAUGAAGACCUGCUGUGGACCAAUGCCCAGCUGCAGCUUGAGAUGAAGGGGGUGAUGGACAGGAUGGCUGAGCUGGAGAGAGAGAGAACCUCAAUGAACCUUAGCCUCAGACAGCUAGAGACAGAGAUAACAGAAGCAAAAGAAGUGAUGGUGGAGGCUACUACUCAGCAAUAUGCUUUCAACUACCUGCAGCAAUCGUUGAAGGAAAAAAUACAAGACACUAAGGACACAUUGGAGAAACAGACCCAAGACUGUCAUUUGUUGUCAGAGAAGCUGUGGCACACAGAGAGGAAGCUGGAGGAGCUCAAUAUGGAAAAGCAGGCCCAGGAGAAGAAGGCUGUGGAACUGGACAGUACUGUGCAGCGUCUGGAGGCUGAGCUGGUUGUGGCCCUCCAGGCCUCCAGUCAGGCAGCAGCAGAGCUUAGCCUCCAGAAGAAGCUGAGGGCCGAUGCCCUGCAGAGGGUGGAGCAGCUGGAAGACAGCCUGAUGAAGAAGACCCAGGAGUUACAGAGAGCGCAGCAGACAGUCACCAGGCUACAGGGAGAGGUCUCUGAUAGGUUGACUGAUAAGGAACGUGCUCUGGAGGAAGAAAUCAAGAGGUGUGAGUGGGCACAGUUGCAGUGCAAACAGGCUGAGCGGAAGGCGAAGGACCUUCAGGCUGAGCUGCACACGCUAACCCAGUCCAAACAGGACACGGUGAAGCAGCUGAAGCAGGCCCAGGAAAAUAUUGCAGAUAUGGAAAGUAACCUGGAGGACAUGCAUGACAGUGAGGAACGAUGGGCCAACAAGCACAAGAAGGCUGUUGAACAGGUGGAACAGUUUCAGCAGAAGCUGAUACAAGAGAAAGACCUGAAUGACCAUCUGAACAGAGAGAAAGGCAGGCUGGAGAGACAGGUCAGAGACUUGCAUGUGGAGGCACAGGAGCUGAAAGAGAGCAGGGUCCAAGAGGACAUGCUCACAAAAGCCGAGCUUAGGGUCAAGGAACUAGAGGAUACUGUGAAGACAGAGGAGAGGAAGAAAGUUGUUCUGGUGAACACCAUUGGGAAGCUAGAGAGGAAGAUAAAACAGCUUUCAGACCAGAUGGAAGAAGAGCAUCAAGCAACCACUCAACAUAACGCUCAGAUGACCCAGCGGAUCCGCUCACUGAAGUGUGCGCUGAACGAAGCAGAGGAGGUGGCGAGCCGCACGGAAGCCCAGCAGCGUCAGACCCAGAGAGAGGUGCAGGAGGAGAGGGAGACCAGUGCACGCCUGCAGAGACAACUGCUGGACCUGCACCUGCAGACCAAGCAGAAGGAGUCCCUGAUCAUGAGGAAAACACUGACCAAUCAGAAGAGAAUGAUCAGCUGCUGAAAAAAUGGGAACAAUUGGAAACAGUAUUAUAGAAGAGUACCAGACCCUUCAUAUGGCUCCCAUACCUUCAGAGUAAAAUCUGAAAUGCUGAAAGCCAACAGAAUGACAGAUGGGCCUCUGUUAACUAGUCAGAAUUCCUACUUAUUAUUGUUCUUGUAGUGAGCAAAUUCAGCCUCUCAAAAGCCAUUAACACUCUGAUCCAAAGUCUUGGUAAAGCGUCAAAAUACCAUUUCUCAAGUCUUCUAUUAGGAAAUAGCAUGUUCAAUGGUAUAUAUGAGGUAAAUGUUAAUAGCAAAGUGGAGAACUGAAAUAAAUUGCAUUAAAUUAUUGGGUUGGGUAAAUAUUGAAGAGUGAGGUCCACUAUAUCUGUUUUAAAAGUACAAUAUUUAUCUGGUGAAAAAGGUACACAAUAAGGGUACUAAAUAUGCUCUUACUUUUUAUGAAAUAAAUGCUUUAUGAAAUGGUUUUUAAAAUGAUA